AUGCAAAUACGAAUGGAAUGGGAGUAUGAGCCACUGAUCUGCUCAUUUCUCAAUCGCAUGCGUGAAAAGCGUGUCAUAACAGAUAAAUUCGAUGAAUCGCUAUAUGACCAAGCUCUAGUUGGCGCCAGGCCUUUUGUUCAGGCAACGAUGUCCAAGGCCAAGGUCAAUAUACGAGAUUCGCAGGGUUACUCAUCAAUUUGCAUGGAGAACAUGCACGAGGCAUCACGCACUCUACAGAUGUAUUCACAGCAGCUCUCUGCUAUCGAAUUUCAUAGAGAAAUGGCACUCGCUCUUCUCGCCGAUUGUGCAGAACUAGCAGAGAUGCUAUGGGAAAACAAUGCGGCUAUGAAAGACUUUGACAGAACUCGAUACGGCGAGCUUAUGCUUGCAGCUCGAAAGGGCCAAGACUACAUUGACCAGAAACUACAUGAAAGUAGUGCAGUCGACACGACAUUGAACACUGGUAGUGGCGAAACCAUGACUUUUAUCAUUCAUCCCACUAAUGUAAGAUUACGGGAGCUACGGCAGAGGUUUCACAUUGAUCUUAUACCGGAGCCUGAAGAAUCAAGCCCAUCUGGCCCCCAGCCGAAGCUCGUAGUCAACCUCCGACUGAUAUAA